AAAACUCAUCAAACUUAUCUGCAAUAAUUACUAGUAAUUUUGCUACACCUGUUACCAAUAUUAAUAAUUCUGCUACACCUGUUAUUAAUGCUAGUAAUUUUACUACAUCUUUUAUCAAUACUAGUAAUCCUAUUACUCAUACCACCUUUAAUAAUCCUGCUACUAAUAUUAUUACCACCUCUAGUAAUCUUGCUAUCUAUAUUGCCUUCAACUCUAGUAAUUCUGCUAAAAUCAAUUUUCAAGAAAUUCUCGCUGAAUUAAUUACUCCUAAUAAUGAAAAUGAAAUGUCUAUAGAUAGUAGUAGUGAAGAAGAAA